GCUGAAUACACUUGAUGUGACCUUGACAUUUAACGGAUGCCUCACGAUGGGAGUGAUUUGAUGGAACGUAUUCGGCAAAUCGUCAACCAACAGAAGUUACGUUGCUUAGAUGGAGAUAAAUUGAACUCAUCUUCAAUCGCUGGAUAUUUGAAUGAUUUGAUGGAUGAUAAUCACGAUAAAACUGAAGUAUCUAGCAAAUCUGUCACGCGCAAAGUAGCUGAAACCACUGCUCCAUCUCCUUAUCCAGGGUUUUCUACUGUCAAUGGAGAUCAAAAGAAAAUAUCUACAAAUGAAACAUAUUUCAGCAUAUGUAGAUCUGAUGCAAAAGCCCAUAUUUUAAAACGUUUACAUGGUACAAGUCCAACAAAUCCGUGUGUUAGGCUCGUCUCUGCCAAAAAUAUACGUUCGCAACAUGUUGAUUCACAAAUCGAUACAAUUCCUAAUAAUGUACAUGCCUGGCGUCAGGGUAAAGAACUUAUUCAUAAAUAUCUUGGCACUUCAUCUGAGAGUAUUGAUAAACAUGCGGAUAAGGAAGAGCAAUCUCCAAAAUUAGAUCAUUCGAGCCCGUUGGGAUUUGAUGCAAUAAUUGAUAAGGAAAAUCCAAAAAUAAUAAAUGCAAACCAAAAUGAACCGAAUAAAGUAAAUUCGGACAAAGCAAGCAAACAGAUAGUGAAUGCGCCGCUUGUUGCUUCCAAGUCUGGUAAAGGUCUAUUUCAUCCAGUUAAGACAAAAAAUGUAGUAAACAAUUAUUCAGAUGCGCUCGGAUCUGUACAAAAAGAUAUUCAUGGCUAUCCUACCCCUAGAGCUCAUCUUAAGGCCCUGGUCCAACAACAAAGGGAAGCUCGAAAACAGGAGCAUAAACGGCAACUGGAAGCUGAAAAAAAGAAGCGUGAACAAAUACAACGAAAUCUACAAGCAACUGCACUAGCAGCUGCCGCUGCUGCGAAGUUACCUGUCACUGCAACCAAAAGAAUGUCCGAACUUUCUCCAGUUAUUCCUGUAUGCUUAUUUCAACCGGUCAAAGCACCUGUAUUGACGUUGGACUCUUAUUCUUCAGAACGAGAACAAAAACUGGAGGAGCUUCUUAGACGUGAGAUAUCAACACCAGAAAACCAGGUUGUUGAGAUUAUUCCUCCUACGUCUUCCGACCGAGAUUCCACCAAUUCUUCUUAUCGAGAUUUUAUCGAAACUUUCAAAGUUAGAUCUAGUUCGACGGACUCCCAUGUAACUAAUCCGGUCCCAACUAGUGAAUCCAUCAUGAAACGAAAUCGAAUGGCUGCUGUAAAUAAAUAUGAAGAUAUUAACAUUUCUAGACCACCAAAAUGUGGCAAGCUGAUUAAUAGUUAUAGCCGUUCAAUACAGACGAAUAACUGUAAACAAAUGUUUAAUUCUAUUCCUCCAAGCACUGCUCCACCAAAAAACUAUUUGAAUGAGAAAUCAUCGCAUAUGAAAAACUUGCAAGUCGAAACAGUCUCAUUAUCACCGACUUAUCAUAAGUUUUGUUCAGCUGGCUCUCAUACUACUCGUUUUUAUGAAUCUGAAUCACCAAAAAGGUCUCUUCAUCAAGAUAUGGAAUUUCAGAUUCCCGUUCCUGUUGCAGGAAAUGUGUCAACACGUCCGAGAACCGGUGUGAAUGUUACUCGUUGUCCUAAAGCACUACAAAAACGUUUAUUUCCUUCGAAAGAACGUACUGUCCCAUAUGCAAAUAAAUCAAAGACUAUCUGUGAUCAGGUUACGGAGGCUGCGCGUCUCGAUAUAAAACUGAGCGCACAACGUGUAAAGCAUAUGCUUUUUGUUGAUUCUGACGAUGAUGAUAAUGAUGAUAAUUCUGAUGAGGAUCAAUGUUUUUAUACAGAUGAUGGGGUUAAUUCCUCAGUCUCUUCGUAUGAAACAAUUCAAAAGCCAACUGUAAGUAUUUGGAGACGUUUAGAAGCUGUAGGGGCUAGUGAUUCGGAGUUAGAAGAGAAUAAUGUUUGUAUCGUUGAAGAUAUCAAGGAUGAAAAGCCUGUGAUUGUGGAUAAUGUAUCUCAGCAUUGCUCAACUUCUUGGAAGUAUAAUGCCAACAUGAACCAUUUUCUUCAUUCUGGCUUGAAUAAUUUUAUGGGAGACAUUCGUGCUAAGAAUGAAUUUCGGAAUCUCAUUUAUAGUGAUCCUUUACGUUUCGCUUCUGUACACAAACGUCAACAAAAGCUAUUUCUUAGAGUAGGAAAGAAACCUUUCAAAUCUUUGGGACCACAAGUAAACAGUAUAGAAAAGGUAGAAGUUCACGAAAAGAAUACAACAAAUGGAGAUAGUUCACUUCAUUCUCGAGAGAAGAUUGAUAAAGAAUCACUAGUUGUCAAAUCGAAUGCUCCCAGUAAUACCAACAUUCAAGCAGUUAAUGUGGAAUGUACAGACUCAGGAGAUCAGAGUUCGUUAUCAUAUACUGCUUGUUCCAUCAGGACGAAAGCACAGGAGUUAUUUAUAACAGAAGAUAAAUCCGAUUCCAAGGCACUCCCUACGAAUCAUCAAAAGACUAAUAAUUUUAUAAAUAAAACUAUAAACUCUUCUCAACUGAGGCUAACACCCGCUGCACUUAAUCUCCAGUUAGCCGCUGAAAUGAAUUAUCUUGAAACACUCUCUGGUUCGAUGCAGCAUAUUGCUGAUAUGGAGUCUCUUCGUCAGAUUACCGCUGCUCAAACCGAAUGUGUUAGCCUAGCACAGUUGCUUAAGGCUCGUGAAUUGCAGUUAUCAUCGAAAAUUGGUGAUCAGAUGUUGGAGAAAGAAACACAAGGUGCAUUUGUUAACCCUAAUGAACCAGCUCGUCUGAUUUCUGGAGUACAUUCACCACAGUUUGAAAGCGUACUAAAAGCUGCUGAAGAAUUUGAUAAGAUCGAACGUCGUCUUAGUGUAAGGACUUCACACUUGGAUGCGAUUUCCUCCUGUUCUACCGAAUCACCAUCUGUCGACUCAAAUAUUACAAAUGAAGCAAAUGGAUCCAUUUCAGAAUCCAGUGCAAACAAACAACGGUUUUCCACAGGAAGCGAUAAAACACUUUCAAAUGAUAACGUCAUUAAAUCGAUUUCAGGAGGUGUUGCAACGGCUUCUGAUUCAUCUAAUGAACCUUAUCAUCCUAUCCCUACUGGCACUACUGUUGCUUCUAUGACUACAACUGACAAAGUUUCUGAACCAGGAAGAUUGACUGUCAUGCCAUCAUCAUCAUCAUCGCCUAAAUUAAAUAAUCCCAUUAAUGUUAAAGAAAAGUUAGAAAAAAAGAAGAAAAUGUCAGUGGAUUUUAGUGAGGACGAUGAAUCUAUGAAGUCAUAUGGUAAAGUUACCAAUGAAGAACUUCAGAAAAAAUCAAAUGAUCAAGUGCUGACUAAACGGAAAAAGUUAAAACGAUAUUCGCGAAACGAAAAACCACAUAUGCAAUCGACAGAUAUUCCUAUGUUAAAUCUAUGCGCCAUCAUGUCGCAUAAUAGCUCUCGUCAAACUGAAAGGAAUGAAAAAUUCAAUCAAGUGAAAUAUGCUUUGAAUAAGCGUGUAGCGGCUUUACAAUCUAGGCGUAAGAAAGCUGAAGAGCUUUUAGCGCUUUCUAAAAAUAUUGAACUCGAAGAGGUCGAAGUUGUUCGUUUAGAACGUGAAGCCUUGAACGCUAUCCAAAGUAAACGUUUAGCUUUGCAUGAAAAUCGGUCCCAGUUAUCAAACGAUAAUGAAUCGAAAAAAUAUUCAACAUCUAGUCAUUGGUCGAAGAAUAGUGGCUCUAAACAUUGGAGAUCGAAUUCUCACUCACCGGUUUGUCAACGUUCCAAUUACUCGCAAUAUAGUGAUGAACUUGGUUUAGAAGAGCCUGGUCAUGAUAAAACUAAUUCUGAGCAAUUUCCUACAGCUUCAUUGGGCAGAAGUUCUAGCUUGUUAAAAUGCGAUAGAACCAACUCCAAUACUGCUUCUGAAUGCUCCACUGCUCGGACAGUGUCUACUGCUACAGAUUUAAAAUAUUGCAAGUCCGACUCGGAUUCAAACCGAUCAGUUUCACAUUCUGAGAAGCAUCAUUCCAAUAAUUAUAAAUUAAUACCAAAUCGAUGCAAUGAGAAGUGUGCAUCAAAUUUAUUAAGCACUGAAAAUGAUGAUAAUAUUAGUCGAGUUUCCAAAGUUUCAAAUUGUUUUCCAAAACUUGAUAUUGGAGUUGAAACUACACCAUCUUUACGUAAUUUGUUAACCUGCGAAGUCGCUACACCAUCAUUAGAUCGUACUAUGACUCCGACUUCUAGACACGUACGUCAGCGUUCAAAUUCUCAUGAUUCUGGUCGUCGAAGACGUGUCACUGUCCUUAAUUCAGUCGAUUCAAUGGAUGAGGAUGGUCGAUUGUUUGGCGUUGGAGAUGAUGAACCAUUUUCUACAGUAUCGGCCAAUUCACAUUCCGAUCUCAGUGAAUUAGAAUCACGAAUUCAAGCUCUGAAUUCCAAUUUGAAAAAACAGGAAAGCAUUCUAUGUCGCAUCAAUGUAGAAUAUAAACGUGUUCAUAAAGAUCGCCUAGCAAGAUUAGAAUCCACUUUGCUGAAACAUAGACAGCUUUGUACAGAAAUCAUUGCCAAUAUCAAAGCUGAUUUAGAUGCUUGCAGAGCAUCUGUAUGUACAGAGGCUAAUGAUUCUCAUUCGAAAUCUAUGAAGAAAGUAAUCGAUACAGAUAACAUUUCUUAUAUAUCACCAUCAAAAUCUUUGAAUAAAACAACACUUGACAAUCUUAACGAUAACAGUAUCUCUUGUGCAUCGUCGAAACAUAUUGAUAAAUUAGCUUUAUCCAGUCACAUUCUCACUAGUAAGCACUCAACAAACGAUGAUGAAACUGAACCGGACACAUUAAUUUCAGUGGCUGAAGAAUUAGUAUCACCACAGGAUACUGAUGAUGAAUUGAAGCAGCUCGAUUUAGAUGAAGAUAUUGACCGUAGUACACCAGUUGCCGAACAUUCUCCCAAUUCAACGAACAAAAAUACCACAUAUUUAUCCAAUGCUGACGUCAGUGCUGUGGAAUCUAAGCAAACAAUUAGUUCUGAAGUGUCGAAAAAUAAGCGUUGUUUGUCUCCUUCAGUUCAUACAGAAUCGUCAUAUUAUACAGAUUUUCAACCGAGCUCUGAAGAUAACAAUUCUAAAUCACUAAAUACUCAAGAUAUUUUGCAUAAAAAGGAGAUUGAAAAGGAAUCCAAUAACACGUCAAUGAAGUUUAUAAUUAACUCAACUGACAAAACGUUAACGGGACAAGUGAAUCAAACAGACAAUGUGUUUUCUAAUCAGUUAGCUCCCAAAAAUUUUACUAACGAAUGUCCAACUGUCCUUGGUGUCACUUUUGCAGACAAUGAAUUUGAAUCAAAUGAUAUCUCAUCUACAUCUCCAUUCACUACAGUUGCUGAAGCUAAUUGUGCUACUGACGGAAAGGUUUCGACUGUAACCAUUGAGGAUUUCAACAACAUGGUAGUAUCCACUGAUAUUUCAGUUCCAUCUGGGAAGACUAGCUUGCUUAAAGUCGCCACAGAUCAUCGACAAAGAGAAGAAUUAGUUGGUCAAAUUACCACUGAAUUGCUAAACCAACUUGUCUCUGAAGCUAUCGAAUCUACAUUGAAUGUUCGAAAAUCCAACUUUCAGGUUAAAUCUCCUGAAGAUUCGGAAAGUGAGGACGAUGAGGAUGACUUGUUAGACGAUGAAUUACAUCAGAGAUCUUCAGAAUCUCAAUCCUCUUCGGAAGAGUCGGUGCCUUUAUUAGAUCUAGGAUUAAAAGCACGUGAAGAUUAUGAAGAAAAGAGUCCUGAAACAGUGAAAUCUAAAUUCUGUGUUACUCCAGAACCGUCAUAUACCGUAGAUAAUAUUAAAGGGCUAUUUGCUGAUACACCAGACAGAACACAGCCAUUGAUUCGUCUUGCUGUCAAACAUUUUUGGGAUGCCAAGUUGAAUUCAAAGAGUGAAUGCGAAGUUGUCCUAUUGAAAGCUUCUAAUAAUCCUCCAUCGGAAUUCUCGCUUGAUUAUUAUGACGAAGCAGAUCUCGAAUUGUUCAGAACUCAAUCAAAUGUGAAAUUUAUAAGUCGUGCUUUAUUGUUUGAUUUGAUAAAUGAAAUUAUACAAAAGAUUUAUGUUGGUGAGAAUAAUGACGUUGAAUUACAAGAAAGGACAGUUAACUCAUCUGAAUCGAAAACGUUUCAUCGCGUUUCAAGUGCUCAGUUUCGGCUUUGGCGUGGUCCUUGUCCACCAACCACUUACAAUCGUCUAUUGACUAUUGUUCAAUCUGAAGUUUGUCGAGAAUUGAAUCUUAGAAUAGAAUCUAAAUCGGAAAUGCUUAAUCACGGUGGUAAUAAAACAAAAUAUUCUGGUUUAAAUGAAGUGAUACCGUCUGGUGUACGUUUAUCUCGUUUAGUGCAAUGGACAUUAGCCAAAAAAUCAUGGUUAGAUCGUGUGUUAGACCUGGAAUUACGUGCAGAUGAACCAAGUUGGUUAUCGUAUGUACCAGAAGAACGUGAGAUUAAAAUGAAAUUAGCUCAUGAACUAUGGGAGGAUAUACUAGACGAUGCUUUGAAUUCUGUUCUAGCCUCAAAUGCUUGCCAUUUGUCAAAGUAAUUUAUACAAGAUCAUUCUGUAAUUUGAUUUUUCGUAAUAUCUAGAAUACCAAUCUGAAACUACUGUGAUAUAUUUUUUUAGUGAUUGAAUGCUUUUAUACAAAAAUGUAACCAUCAAAUGUGUAGAAAAGAGGAAAUAUUGUUUGUAUCUCAGAUCUCACCUUAUGUUGUUCCCACUUCCUCUCAAGCAUAUCACUUAUCCGUAAACCGAAUAGAACAGCGACAAUCAUAUACGAAUAAUUUAUAUUCUAUUAGCUUUUGUACAUAUAUAUACAUAUUCUUCCGCAUGUUUUUUUCUCUUUUCCUACCCACUACCAAUAUGUUUAAUUUCAUUGUUACAAUAUGAAAAAUACAAAUGAAAUGCUUAUUGUAUAUUAUUUGAUUUAACAUGCGUACUCCUAUCGCUGUUAUAUAUAUCUAAUAUGCCUAAAUAACCUAGUGCAUUUGAUUUGUUCUGCAUCUAACAUCGUUCUCCCUGUCCUCCCUCUAUUUCUACUGUAUGAGAUUAAUGUUGACUAGAUUUUUCUUUCAUAUUUUUUUCGAUUUUUUUUCUUCGAAUAGAAAUGUUACAAUCAUGUGUACUUUGUAAUAGUUGCAUGUCAAUGCCUAUUUGUGUUUACCCGUUUCUCUCAUCCCUUGUUUGUUUGUUUUUUUCCCUGUAUUCCUUAAAAGCCUAUUAAAUCAAACGAUUCAUGUUUUCUAUUUAUUCAAUUUGUUUAUAAAUCAAUGUACUAUUCUCUCUAAUAUUGCAAAUAAUUUUCUUUAUCGUAAGAUAGAAUAAUGUAUAAUAGCGAUAAUUCACUAUCAUAUAAUUAGCAUUAAAAUAUUUAUUCUUUUCUAAUGAAUGAUUACUCAAAUCACACCCUACUUAAAUCACUUAAUUCAGUAAGCAUGUACACUUAUGCAAAUAUAAGGUAUUAUAGAUACAAUAAAUGUUAAGUAAGAAUUACAAUUGAGUAGAUAAUAGAGUACUUUUAUUUUUGUUGUUGUUGAUGCUUAUCAGAUUUUUAUCCUGUUUAAUUGUUGUAAAUGACCCUUGAAAUCUCUACAAUGUAUAAAACGUGUUCUCUUAUUUAUUUAACCCAAGUUUUCUGAUUCGAAAAUCUUGAAUUUUCAUUCCAUAAGAAUAUUAUCAUUCACGUACAAAAUUCAGAUCUUAAAGCUCUGAUAUAAGUCGCUCAUUUGUUUAUCUUCGCAUCCCUUGUGUUACGUCCUGGUGUGUUGUCUCUGUUAUGUACUUAGCGACCCUGUUGGGUCCACAGUCUUGCUGCUCAUAUUUGACAA